ACGCUCAACCCGGGGGGGGGAUCAGACACAAAGAGGCUGCAGAGGAUUCGGUCAUAGCUGCUGUGUUCCCGGUGCGGGGGGGGUCCCGGUGUUUGGUUGGGGGGGGUCUCAGUCUCCGGAUUGGUUGUCCAGUAGGAAGUGCUACAGCACACCGGCAGCUCACACCGGGGCCCCGGAACUCACCGUUCCCUCGCAGCGCGCACCCGCGGCCCAGCAUGGGGAGGAGUCACAAGGAAGCGCGCACCGAGGUGACAUCACCCCGACCCCCGAAUCUGUGAGAGUAGUCCCUCACCCCUAAAUUACUCCUAGGCUAUCCUUGGCCCGGAGUAUUGAUCUAAUUCCUUUGCGAUAGUCAAUAGUGCCUGGCUUUACUACACUAAAACCCCCCCUUGGUACCCCAAAGAUAACAUCUGUGUACCCCUAACAGAGCUUUACUCCAGCACAUGUUCCUGCACUAGCCAUUACUGGGACUACUUUCUAAAUCACCACGCCUCCAUUAAUACUACUUCCACAUGCCUGCUAACCCUAAGAGUGAACUCCAGGCAUACAUCAUAUUUUUUACAGUUUCAUGUUCUAGUGAGUGCAUGAUUUGAAUUUUAAGGUAUAUGCACCUUAAGUAAUGUUUAAUUCCAAGGUAGGUCCCAAACAUCAAUCUACAGCUCCAGGAAGCUGAAAGGGUGCUCAAGUUAGUUGAGUUUUCUCCUAAUUUACUCCCAAGAAUUUACAUUUAUAGGAAUAUGGCAUUACUUUUAAGUUUAAAUCCAGUGUCUGACAUUUGGUAAGAGUGAUCAUCCAGCCUCACCCUGUGAAGUUGAACAUAAUUGUUUUUUUCAAGACUCAAAAUCCCUCCACACAACUUUUAACCAUUGCAGUAGAGAAGAUAGUCCCAAAGUUAAUGCUUGUUGGAAGAUUGUUCUUUAUAAUUGACAACUGACUAAUUUUUUCUAAUGCAGGAUUUAACCUGCCCUGGACUCUUGUGUUAAUCAAAAAAAAAAACCCAUUUUCUUACUAUAAAAUUUAAGUUCAAUAUUCAGUCUAUAAGGGUUGACGUUACAGUAUGGAGCGUGUGGCAGAGGCUUGUGGCCCUUCAUAUUACACUUACCAGGUGAGCCAGCACAGCUCAGAUGUUCUUCAGCAGUUGAAUCAUCAACGCAAGAGUGGGGGACGUUUUUGUGAUGUUGUACUACGUGUUGGGGAAGACAGUUUUCCAGCUCAUCGUGCUGUGUUAGCUGCUUGCAGCCAGUACUUUGACUCGGUCCUGGGUGAUGCAGAGGGACCAACCCCCCGAGAACUGGAGAUGCACACCAUCAGCUCUAAGGUGUUUGGCGACAUCCUUGAUUUUGCAUACACAGCACGAAUAGUGAUCCGACUAGAGAGUUUUCCUGAACUCAUGACUGCUGCCAAAUUCUUACUUAUGCGCUCAGUCAUUGACAUAUGUCAGGAGGUGAUCAAGCAGUCUAAUGUGCAGAUCCUGGUCCCUCCUGCACGACCAGACAUAAUGCUGUUCAGAUCAGGAGCUUCUGAUAUUGGCUUUCCAUUGGACAUGAGUAAUGGAACAGUUUUGGGCAGCUCAGGCAUUGCUGGUUCUCUUGGAGAAGAAGAUGAGGACUCUGUACGCCCAGGACAAGCUGUGCCAAGCCAGGCCUCCCUUUUAGCUCUUGGUGGAUCCCCACAGAUUUUGCCUCCAACGUACCAGUUGGGAAGUUCAAAUCUUGGAGGCAAAAGAGGUCGGGGAAGACCAAGAAAGCCAAGUGUCUUAGAUUCAGUGCUGUUGAGUGCUGUGGGUGGACUGCGGGAGGGUGGGGUGCUGCCUUGUGGACUUUGUGACAAGGUUUUCACUGAUCCUCUGCGUUUGCGGCACCAUGAGGCACAGCAUGGAGUUACCAGCCUGCAGUUGGGUUAUGGGGAUCUGCAGGCUUCUCGUAUGAGUGAGAAUGGCUUGGGACAGGAAGAACCAGGAAUACCAAGAAAGAGGAACCGAGUAAGGAAACAAGUGUCAUGUGAUCUAUGUGGAAAGAUUUUCAGGGAUGUGUACCACCUGAACCGACACAAGUUAUCUCAUUCGGGAGAGAAGCCAUAUUCUUGCCCUGUAUGUGGCCUGCGCUUUAAACGCAAAGAUAGGAUGUCCUACCAUGUUCGCUCACAUGAUGGUUCAGUUGGGAAGCCAUAUAUUUGCCAGAGUUGUGGAAAGGGGUUCUCCAGGCCAGACCACCUUAAUGGGCACAUUAAGCAGGUUCAUACAUCAGAGAGACCCCACAAGUGUGAGAAAACUACAGAAGGAAUGUCCAAUGAAGUGCGCAAUGAGCUGGAAAAAGGAGGAGGACAGACAUGUAAUGCUUCAUUCGCCACACGUGACCGGCUUCGCUCACACUUGGCUUGUCACGAGGACAAAGUGCCAUGUCAGGUGUGCGGCAAAUACCUGCGGGCUGCUUAUAUGGUUGAUCAUCUGAAGAAACACAGUGAGGGGCCCAGCAACUUUUGCAGCAUCUGUAACCGAGGUUUCUCCUCUGCCUCCUACUUAAAGGUGCAUGUUAAAACCCAUCAUGGUGGCCUCCUCAGCACUGGCCCUCGGAGGCAGGAGUCCGUCCCCAACGGGGCAGCGCUCUUCCACUGUGUCAGGACCUGUGGCGUGAAAGAGGGAGAUAAGUGCCAUCAUGGAGAACAGGAGAGCUCUGAUUCUUAUGGUGACCUUUCUGAAAGCAGUGAUCUCAAAUCCACAGAGAAGCAGAAUGCGAAUGGAUCCUACACAGCAUGUGACCUGGUGAUUCCUAAGAAAACUGAAGCUGAGUCUGAAAAACGAUACCCUUGCAUAGAGUGUGGCAGCUUUUUCCGGUCCAAAGCCUAUCUUAGCAAGCACAUCCAGAAAGUGCACACCCGACCACUGGGGGCUGUGCUAGGAGACUUGGGGCCUGCUCUUGGUCCCACACUUGGGCCUACCCUUGGCCCCUCAUUGGGUCCUGCUUUAGGUCCCACCCUUGGGCCUGCUUUAGGUGCAUCACUUGGGCCAGCUCUAGGGUCUGCUUUGGCUUCUCCUUUCUCCCCUCAACAGAACAUGUCACUGCUUGAAUCCUUUGGGUUUCAGAUUGUUCAGUCUGCUUUUGCAUCAUCUCUUGUGGAUCCUGAAGGGGAACAGCAGGGAAUGAGCACAGAGGGAAAGUAACACAUCACAGUGGAUGAGCAGGGACUGCAGAGAAAGCUUUCAGAAGGAGCACAAAGACAUACAGACAGAAUAACCAUGUACAUAAGUUAUUUGAUAAGGGGAAUAUUUGUCCAAAAGCCUUGUAUGCAUUUAAGGAAAAGGAGUGAGCAGGAAGAGGUAGUUAGAGGAUAAGCUCUCAGAGCAGGUGUGUCCUGACCUUCAUGUGUAUUACUGAUGAUGGUACGGAGAAUUACUUUUUAUUUCUAUAUUCAUUAAGCUACUAGUUUAAAUUCUAAUGUGCCUCCUCUCUACCCUCUGGAUUGUUGAGUAAGGUGAGGUUUCUUAAAGCGAUUUGAGAAUAUAAGAAUUAAGUCUUUUUUUAAGCCUUUUGGUAAUUUGGAAUUAAACACUUGAUCUCCAGUCCCAGCCAGUGUGUUAUUCCAAAAUUACUUUGGCCAAAUUGAGUGCAGAACCCAUGAGGUUUUUCAUGUCUGUCUGCAGGCACAAAUAAAGUGCUUGCUCUGUGAAUAUUUUGUACUUUGCAGGAGAUUGAUAUUGAGUAGAGUUGGCCAUACACGGGCAGAUUUUAGCUGCCGAUUCUGGUCAUUCAAAGCGAUUGAUUCGGCAGCUUAUCUGCCGUGUAUGUGCACCCGAUAUCAAUUAACAUUGCCCAGAUCUCAAUCGGGCAGGUUUGAUUUUUCUGUCGGAUGAGGGACCGCAUGAGCUUGUUGAUUCAGUCCCCAAUCAAAUGGCGCCUAUAGCCCCUUAUUAUAAUUCGUUCAAUGAUCAAAUUAGCCCAAUAUUGCUUGGUGACCUCGCCAAACGAGCAAAUCUUCUUGUGUAUGGCUACCUUAAACCUGGACAGAACCAGUGUGUAAUAAACACAAAGAUGUGCUAGGUAGCUAUGUACGGCUUUUAGAGAAUAAUGAAAAGAGAAAAUGAGUAAAGAUGCCAGUGCUGGGUUAAGAAACCUUCAUCCAACUGUAAUAGAGUAGCUACAAUUAAGUGUAUGCUAUUAACACUGAACAGAGAACAUAAAUCUAGAAAACCUAUAAUUAACAACAUAAGCCAGAGCACAAUCUAAAUGUCGUAAAACAUCUGGAGGCCAGAUUUGCUAAACAUCGAUAUAAGAAUAUUUGGAUUUAGCUGCUGGAAAAGACAUUACAAGCUGAUGGGAAUACUACGAUUCGAGUGCUGAAGACAUACCUGCUUUAGAAGCUCACAAGCCUUGCCUGUGAUGGUCAUUUAGUGAAAGUGCGGUAGGGGUUAAAGUGAGUACUCAGAAUGAAUCCUGCUCCAGCAUACACAACGAGGCAUUGCUAUGUUAGAUAUUUUGUCUUUCCAGUGUUUAUCUGAAGUAGCUCUAAAUACAGGGGAGGGUUGAAUGCCAGACUACUGUUGCUAAAAUGGUUCAAUGGAUAAAGCCUUAAUUGGGGCAAGCAGAAUGGCAGCUCCAUCUAUAUACAGCUAUGGAGAGAAGGACUAUUCUAUGUACAUGACAAAUACGGUCCUCAUUCCUUACUAUUAAUUUUAGGCACUGUUUCUUAAACUUUGGACCAGUGACAUUUAUGGAGCCAUCAAUAUUGUGGCUACCAAAAAAAAAAAUUCCUUAUUCACUGUGUUAGUAACUUGUACUACUGUCUGCAUACCUUUGCAACAUUAUUGUUAUGCAAUGAAUUUCUUCAUAUUUUGCUUCUUAUAUGAAUCAAGGUGAUCUUAUAAAUUUCUAUAUAUUUUAAGGGUCACCGUUUAAAAUUGUUUGUUAAAUGUAAAGGAGAAAUUAAUAGAAGAUAAAAGUGACUAAUAAAGUAGAAAAAAUGUAUCUUUUUCUCAUUGCAAAAUUGUCAGUAUUCUGAGUGAUGUAAAUGACAUGAUUUGAAUGAAUGAAAAGAUGAGUCACUUUAUUGUAUUAAAGGGUCAGUAUACCAUUAUA